AUGAAAUUGAUCCAAAAUGUAUCCUAUAAAAUAAAAGCAUAUUUAUCUCAACAUAUAUCACUUACAAAUUUAAGAUUAUUAGCAUUUUUUAUAUCAUUAAUAUCAUGUUUAGUUUCUGGAUCAAUUUUGCUAUUUACAUUAUUUACUCCAUCAUUUCAUGAAAUAUUAGGGUUAAGUUAUUUACAAAUAAAUUUUAUUGCAUCAUUAUCUGCUGGAGGAAUGUAUUUAUGUUUACCCGUGCUUGGUUAUUUAUCUGAUUGUUAUGGACCAUCAAUUUUAUCAUUUUUAUCAGUUUGGUUUUUUGUACCAAGUUAUGGAUUAAAUAGUUAUUUAAUUCAAAUUGGUAAUAAUAAUAUUAUAUUUUAUUGUAUAACAUUUUGUAUGAUUGGUUUAGCUACUUCAUCAUUAUAUUUUUCAAGUUUAUUAAGUUGUGCAAAAAUUUUUCCCAAGCAAAAAGGUUUAGCUAUUUCUUUACCUAUUUCAUGUUAUGGAUUAAGUUCAUUAAUGGGACUGCAGCUAUUAAAAUUGAAAUAUUUUAAGCUAGAUAAUUCAGAUUUAUUAAAUUUAGUAAAAGUUUUUAAUUUUUUUGCAUGGUUAUAUUUAAUAAUGGGGAUAUUUAGUUUUAUUUCAAGUUCAAUUGUGCUUGUGGAACAAGAAGUUUUAUAUGAUUUAGAAGAAGUUGAUGUUGAAACAACUCCACUUAUCAGUAAUAAUGAACCAUUAACACCUCAAAGAUCAAUUAGAUCAAUUGAUCCACCAAAUCAUAAACAAAGAUAUUUUACAUUUUUAAAAGAUUAUUCUGCUUGGAUUAUCCUUAUUUCAUUAAUUUUAAAUGUUGGACCUUUAGAAAGUUAUCAAAAUAAUUUAAGUUCAAUUACUACAAUUUUAGAACCUAUAAGAAUGAAAUCAAAUCUUUCAGAUAAAGUUGGUUUAUUAGCAUUUUGUUCAACUAUUACAAGGUUAAUAGUAGGAGGAUUAAGUGACUUGUUUAAUAAAAAAAAAUUAAAUUCAGUUUGGAUAUUAAUUAUUGUAAUAAUAUUUGGUAUAAUUGGUCAAUGGAAUAAUAAUAUAAUUUUCAAUGGUAUAUCAUAUGGUGGAGUUUUCACAAUUUAUCCAACAAUAGUUGCAAGUGUUUGGGGAAUAGAUAUUAUGGGAUCAACUUGGGGGUCCUUUAUGGUUGCACCAGCUAUUGGUUCAAUUGUUUUUUCAUUAUUUUAUGGUAAAAUUGCAGAUCGUGAUGGUGAUUCACAAACAAAUGUAUUAACAUAUUUUAAAAUUACUUCAUUUUCAUUAUUUAUAAGUUGUAUUUUGGUUCUUUUGGCUCUUCGAAUAUGGAAAAGAAGAGGUCAGGUUUUAGUAUAA